AUGUCUAGAAGCAGCCCCCCUCCGCCGCCGCCGCAAGAUGCCAUCGAAACGUGGCAGGGCAUCUUUUCCAACGGCCCUUACACGUCGCUAAAGAUGGUGGAGUACAUUCUGCAGGCAGGUAGGAAGGAUAUCCGCUCCUUCGUGGCGGACCCGGUCGGGACCGUGACCGGUAUCACUGAAACUGCCAUUGCCGGCAAACAUACCCUUGAUCAAAUGCAGCCUGUCUGGGCUAGCAAGACUGGCCGCUGCACAUCUUUCGCAGUCAAGGCCACCGCCGCCCUAUCUCGAAAGGUCGACGCGAAAAAGAAGCCGGUGUAUAACUUUGCCACCUACGAUUUGGCGGGCCACCGCGUCGCACGCUGCCUCAAUACCCAGGUCGUCAUUGACUCCAGCUCGACCAUCCCCGGCGGCGCCUUCGUUCUUCCCGAGAACCGCUGGCAAAAGUUCGAGAAGACGGAUGCCAGCUGGAAGUUCAAGAACUCCGAGUCCAAGUUCGAGAGAGCUGGUGAUGCUAGCGGGAAAGUGGCAUCGUCGGCCGCCCUUAGUAGCCCUGCCCAAGCCAUGUACCUGUGCCUGGCCGGCGUCGAGGCCGGCGUCAAGUUCAACAUCCCCACCCUGUUCCGCAGCGUCGGCCCCCAAGGCCAGCCCCUGUACCAUGGCAUGGUGGCCUGGAUGCCGUGCAAGCGCUGCAUUGAGCUCGUCCCCGAUAUUAGCAAGGAGAAGAAGAAGCUCAAGCUCAUCAUCCAAUGGGGGAAGAAUACGGCCGGCGCCGGAACCGAGGCGGAUGCCGCGACGUGUGCCGACGAGCUGGAACAGUUUGUCAAGAACUACGGCGGCCCCAACGGCCCCCAGCAGUGGGCGGCUGACGGUAUCAACACCUUCAGCGAUAUGAUGUUCGCCGAAGCUUGUGCGCUCUGGGGAUAUCCCAAGCUCGUCAACAAGAUGACCCCCCCGCCCGCCAAAUAG